CAAUCCACCAAGCCGACGGGCGAAGCGUCAAAACACUCACGCAUCUCGCGCCUCGAGGCCCGUCUUCCACGCUUCCUAGCCCGCUACGUCCAACCGCUCCGCAAUGCACCGAUCUCCCACAUCACCGCUUUCCUGAUCCUCCACGAGCUCACUGCUAUCCUACCACUAUUCGCGCUCACCGCUGCAUUCCACAAGUUCAACUGGUUACCACCGUUCUUCUCAGAGGGCUACUACGUUAAAGAGGGAGUGGAAAAGUUCGGAAGAUAUUUCAGGAAGAAGGGAUGGAUCAGAGACGCCGAUGGAGAAGGAUUUGAGCAGGAGAAGAACAGAAAGGGGUUGGCGAAGUGGUGGCCCAGGGGUGAGGGGGGUGUGAGAUUGCUUGUUGAGUUUGCGACUGCAUAUGCGAUUACGAAAGCCUUGUUGCCGCUGAGAUUGGGUUUGAGUCUUUGGCUUACUCCUAACUUUGCCAGAAUUUCGACCUUGCCUGUGAAGAGGCUGUUCAAGAGGAAGGCGGCGAUUGCUGCUCCGGUUAGCAAGGUCGCA